AUGGCGACUAUGCAGCCAUCACAUGAGUCCAUCGAACCAGUCAAUUCGAUCGCCAACAAUAAUGUCCUCGGUUGCCGGGCCGGCGAUAAUUGCCGUUACCAGCAUGCAGCAACUACUCAACACCAGGCUCCAGCAUUCCCCCAAGACGAACAUCGGACUCAGGACUCCAACACCAAGCAACGCCAGCAUGGGCAAAGAAGCCAAAAGAUCGUUGCAAGACCAGUACCAGCGCCACAGAAAGCUGAUCCACGCACAUUUGAGAUUGGACAGGUCGUCAGACGUUUUUCGCCGAAGCGCCAGGACAGCGGAGAAGGAACGACUCUCGAUUUUGUCCUGAAGCCGUCAGAUCCUGACUUUCCAUUCGAGCUGAAGGGCGGUCUGCAAUGCCUGGUGACAGUCCCUGCGUCGUACCCGCAGAAUGCACGGCCAUCACUGAAGAUCCAGAAUAUAGAAAUGCCCAAGGGGUUCCAGAUCAACGUCGAGCGAGGCUUUGACGACCUUGCCCGAGAACUUCCGAGGAAGUCUCUUUUAGCUGUUCUAAAUGGUCUCGAUCGUCGACUCGAACAACUACUCACAUCGGACAAGGCACAGACACUAAAGAUCACCGCAAAUGCUCCGAAGCCUGACUCAGCAUCAAAGGUUGCGAUAAGCCAACCUAUAGCGGUAGCAGCGCACCAACCUGUAACGAUACAUCGGAAGCCUUCGUUUUCCAAGCCACAGAAAGAUGAGGCUCGUGUGAAACGAGAGACAGAUACGCGUCAAUUGGAAGCGCGUAUGAGCAAAUUGCCGAUGUAUAGCAAGUCGUCCGACGGCACGAUAUACCAUAUUCCGAUACAGGUCCCGAGAGCGUCGCAACUUCCUCCAACUCUGAGAGCUGUCAAAGAAGUUGCCCUUUUCGUACCUGAGCUGUACAAUCUUGAGCCCUGUACCGUUCAUCUCAAAGGAGUUGAAGGGCAAGAAGCUGAGGCCGUCGAAGCGGCGUUUGCUGAGUACGCUAGCCAGGAGAAGACAUCGACCUUGAUGGCUCAUGUCAACUACCUGGCACAGAACAUGAAGACCAUGGCUGCGGUGCAAACCAAACCGUCGCUGCCACAGUCAGAGCCAUGUCGUGAUACUCAAGCAGUGCCCGUUGAAGCCGAGGAGCAACCGGCGGAAGAUGGACCUACAGAUCCAGAUCGACCGCACAUAAGGGCGAUAGCUCGUCCACCGGAGUGGGACAAUCAGGGAGGCGAAUCCGACUCUUCCAGCGACUACACAGAAAGCGACGAGGAUGGAAGCGACUCGGACGUAGACGAGAGCGUUGAUUCGGGCGGCGCACAGAUUCCGGGCUCGGUGGCAUUGACAUCAAGCGACCACGGAAUCGCCAUUUCCUUUCCGGACCUAGAACUUUACGGCGUCGAGCUACUGGAAAUCGCAUCGCUAGCCCUGACGCUGAAGUGUGAUAGGUGCAAAACCCUGGCCGACAUCGCCAACCUUCGGCCAUCGAUGGCUGGAAAUACUGUCACGGUCUCGCAAUCUUGCUCGAAAUGCGCAUACACGUUGACUGCGUCCUACCGUGCGGAGCCGAUCCAUGCAAACAACAUUCGUGCCGGCUAUCUGGAUCUCGUCGACUGCACAGUGCAAGACAUGCUGCCGAGUUCCUUCAUGCCGACCUGUUCAGAAUGCAGCACUCGAGUCAACGCUUCUUCGGGAGUUAUCGCUGUGCGCGGAGAUACGACAUUGUCGGUAUGUCGCGAAUGCCACCAGAAGAUGACGUUCAAGAUACCUUCCGUCAAAUUCUUGCGAACCUCUUCCCAACAGCAACACAGAGCCCAAGCACCGCGAAAGGGGCCACGGGAGAAUCUAGGUAUCACGUCUGGCACCCCGCUACCUGAUAAUGGUCGAUGCGCCCACUAUCGCAAAUCUUACCGCUGGUUCCGUUUCAGCUGCUGCAACAAGGUCUACCCAUGUGAUCGCUGUCACGACGAAAAGGCAGAACCAAAGCAUAUCAACGAGCAUGCAAAUCGAAUGAUCUGUGGCUGGUGCAGCCGAGAGCAGAACUAUCGUCCAGCGGACUGCGGUGUCUGCGGAAGGAGCAUGGUCGCUAAGAAAGGGGGUGGUUUUUGGGAGGGAGGCAAGGGCACACGAGAUCCGAUGAGGAUGAGUCGCAAAGAGCCGCGGAAGUACAAGCGCGUUGGGUCGAAGAAUAAGGCAAAGGAGAAUCGGUGA